AUGGGAUAUCAGUCAUUUGAUAAUGCUCCUAAUAAUGAACGAAAUUUACAUCAUACUCACUCAUCGGAUGAAAAUCAUCAAGAUGAAUCUCUUGCUCAAGAAGGUGAACUUGUCACUCAAGAAGGGCUCUUGAAAAUAGAGCCUUUUGGCAAUGAGUUUAAUCCAUGUACUGCUGUUUGUCAUGUAACAAAUGCCAUUAAAAGCAAAUUUUCAGAAUUCUGCCCUUCCUGGAGACAUGCUAGUGAGCAAAUGCGAGAUUUGUGGUUUAUUGAAUUUAAGAAAAAUUGUAUGUGGGAACCUCAAUACAAUGCAAGAAUUCGUCAAAUUUUUAAGAUUAAAGGGAGUGAUCGAUUAAGAUCGUUGAUGAAUCAGGAGAGACGCAAUUAUUCAAAAGACCCUAACCAUGUACCAAAAUAUAUUCCUGAACCCGUUUGGCGUCAACUAUUACAUUAUUUUGCUACAGAUUCAAAAUUUAAGAACUGGUCAGCAGUAAAUACUGUGAAUCGAGCAUCAAAUGCUGGAAGUUCCAUGCAUACUGGUGGUUCCAUAUCUAUGGGUGAACAUGCACGCAGAAUGGAGAAAGCUACGGGAGUAAAACCUUCUCUAGAAGAGGUUUAUACUAAAUGCCACACCAAAAAAGACAAAAGUUGGAUUGAUGAAAGAUCUGAGAAAGUCAUUGGAGAUGUUGAGGCAUCUAAGGAAGGCCUAGAUAUACCAGAUGAUUAUACUGUUUGGAAUGAAGUUGUGACAAAGGGAAAAAAGAAAGCUACUUUUGGUUUAGGUUCUUUUGGUUUAGAUCUCUCUUCAAAGUUGGAUUCUAGAAAUUGUUCAGAGACAUCCAAAGACAAUCUAAAUAUUGAGCAAGAACUUCACAUGUGGAAAGAAAAAGCAAAGGAGCAAGAAAUGAUCAAUGAAGAGCAAAAGGUUAAGUUGAAAGAUGCUGAGCACAAGUUAAAAGAUCAAGGACGUCAACUAAAAGUUCAACAGAAAAGAAUUGGUUCUACUGAAAAGACAAUUCAUGUUUUGUAUAAAAAGUUGAAUCUCCCACUUCCUUCAACCUUGUCUGAUCCUACGGAAGAUGAGCUUGGGACAAGCUCUAGUGAUGAUAACAUGAGUGAUUGA